CGCGUUCCAUUUUCAAACAUCGGAACUAAUUCGAAACAGUGUUCUAUUUACAAACUCUAUUCAAUCGUAUUUGUUUACUCUUUUGUUUAUGGUUGUGGAAUGUCGUUUGAAAUUGGAAUGCAUAUAAUGUAAAGAAAACAAGAUGGCGGUUUCCGGUGAGGUGUACGAGGACGGAGGAGUCAAGUUGCAUCCGUACCUCAUUGCUUUAGCACGAUGGUGCGUGUCCUGUCUGUGGAGCACGGCCUCCGCCAUGCUGUACCGUCUGCUGACCAACCCACUACCGCAGAUCACAGCUCCAAAGUACUCAAAACCUCGGCCAGCUGGUAAAGAACAUCUACACCCAGAGCCUAAAGUUGAAUGUGUGGUACUCCACCAACCAGAUGUGCCCAAAGUUGACGUUAUCUUCGUACACGGACUGUAUGGUUCCCAAGGCAAUACCUGGAGACAAGGAGAAUGGAGGUCCAAAUAUAAAAUAGAACCCAACAAAAUAUCCCUCAGACGACCCAGCUCCAUCCCAGCCUGCGAUUGUAACAAACAACCAAAAGAUAUAUUUAAUGAAGAUGCAAACAAAAUUGAAAGUAUUAAGAACAGUAUCAAACUAGAAAACGAAAAUAUACUCAAUUUCAACGACAAAGAAAUCACAUUUACAAACAUAGAUGAAUAUUAUAAGAAAAGAAUAACGGAUGAUGAAAUGUUUAUAACUGAGAAGUUUUAUAAAGAUGGGGACCAGUGUGAAGUUAUUGAUAAUUAUGAUACUCAAGCGAAGUUUGUCAGGGACUUGUUUAAUAUGGAGAAUUUGAAUGUGGAGAAGAAGGAGAAUGAUAAUUGUAGGUGUCGGGCGGAGGUGAAACGGUGUGAGGUGGGGUGUGGCUGCAUUUGUGACGAGUGCUACUCCGCAUGCUGGCCUCGGGACUGGAUCAAGGAGGAUUACCCUCACGCCAGGGUCAUAUCUAUCAACUACACCAGUGACCCUCAUCUGUGGAGACCUCUGUGGAUCAAGCAGUGCAAGCGACUGCACCUGCACGAGCGAGCAGAGCAGAUGAUCGCACAGCUACUCGCACUGGGUGUGGGGCAGCGGCCCAUCGUGUGGGUGGGACACUCCAAGGGAGGGUUGUUCAUCAAGCAGAUAUAUUGUGAAGCUUACGAAGCCUAUAUCGAAUUACAUGGAAAUCAAAGUGGCCAAAUUAAUGAUAAUGUGGGCAUAAAACAAAACUGCGACGAAUACGAUAAAGACAACGAAAUGAAUCACAAAGCUGACAGCAAUAUUGACAAUAAUGAAAUGAUGAUGGAAGAAAAUAAGGGUAAGGAUGAAAUGGGUGUAACAGAAAGACAUUUAGAUGAUACGGGUAAAACAGACAUUCAUGAAGAAUUUUAUGAAGAAAGCAUAGAAUCUAAUAGAAAUAAGGAUGAUGAUAAUUCCAGCAAUAUAAAUGAUAAUUGUAAGAAUAAUUUAGAAUUAAGAUAUGAUGAGAAUGAUAUUUAUGAUGGUAGCUCAGCUAGUGAAAUUUCUUGUGAGUUGAGACAAGCGAAGGAUGGAAAUAGCCCAGGGUUUUCAAACGGAAAAGAAGACCUGUUCCGGCGUUGUCAGCUCUGGUCCCUAAGCUCGGGUUUCAUGUUCUACUCGGUGCCCCACCGCGGCUCGCCGCUCGCGGACAUCAAGACUCCCUUAACGGCGCGCUCCAUCGAACUGCUGGAAAUGGGACAAGACUGCUCGCUAGUAACCGGCCUGCACGAGCGCUGGCUGAGCGCGGCAGCCCGCUCGCCGCCGCUGGUGCGGAGUCUGGUGGAGACCACAAGGACGCUCAUGGCCGUGCUCUGGCUCAGGAUAGUCAGCACUGAUUCUGCUGAUGCCGGUAUAGGCGCGUUAUGCGGCGUUUCGGUGGACCACCGCGAAAUCUGCAAGCCCUCGAGUCGGCACUGCAUUCUUUACACGGAACUUAAAGCGCUCAUACACGCAGCUUUAGAAAAGUGUGGGAAGUAACGCCAUCUAACGGUGAAUAGUUGAACUACCCAUCUACAUUUCGCAAG